AUGGCAAUAAAAAAGGCCAAUGAUUGGCAUGCUCGAUGCAGAUUUUCAAAGAACAUCAACUAUGAAAUUUGUGAGGAUCUUCCGAUUCUUGAAUCCUCGUUACAUUGGAAUUAUCAUCCUGCAUCAGGUGUAGUCAAUGUUGCAUUCAACAAGGCCAACGCAAAGAAUUCAACUUGGGUUGCAUGGGCCAUUAAUCCUACCUCAAAGGGCAUGUUGGGUUCACAAUCAUUCAUCGCAGUUCAUAAAUCAAAUGGCACCAUAAGAGCAUACACAUCUCCAAUAACCAGUUAUACGACAAUGCUACAAGAGGGUAAUCUUAGUUUUUCAGUGAACCAUGCAUGGCAAGAGGGUGUGGUUUCUGAUGAUGGCACCCUCAGACCUCACUCUUUCUCACCCUCUAAUCUUCAGUCCUAUGGAACCAUUGACUUCAUAUCUGGCAAGGUUUCUAAAGCCACUGAAGAUGUGAACUCACGAACCAUGUUGAGAAACGUUCAUGGAAUUUUGAAUACCGUGAGUUGGGGAAUAAUGAUGCCAAUUGGAGUGACGAUGGGUCGUUACUUGAAGGUGUUUGAUGGUUUAGGAGACACUUGGUUUCACUUGCAUCGAGCAUUUCAAUCACUAGCCUUCUUGAUCGCCAUUGCUGGGUUUGGAAGUGGUUUGUAUAUUGGAAAUCACUAUGGGGUUCAUCAUGCUCCUCAUCGAUGCAUUGGAAUCACUUUAAUGUAUCUUGCAUCUGCACAAGUUUGUGUUGCUGUGUUUUUUAGACCCAAGAAAGCUCACAAGUAUAGAAUAUUUUGGAACAUUUUUCAUUACAUAGUUGAUCACGUAACUAUUGUCUUGGCCAUAUGGAAUGUGUUAAAAGGUUUUUCCAUUUUGAAUUAUCACAAUGGAUGGAAGAAGAAGUAUUUGGGCAUAAUCAUAUCACUGGCUGCCAUUGCUGUCAUUUUGGAGGUCAUAACAUGGAUUUGGGUUUGCAACAAGAAGACCAAGAACUCUCAAAACCAUGUUACUAUUAGUCAGACAUAG